AUGGAGGUCAAUGGGGUGGUGGUGGUGUAUGACGCUGCAGCAGCCUUGGUGGUGCAACCUUCUGUUGGUUGUGACCCUUUUGUCGAUUUUAUUUUCAGCGCCGUUGGCGGUGACGUGAAGGAGGCUCGUCGAACCAGAAGGGCAAUCGAAACGAAGAUGCAAGGCGCUGGCCUGUCUACUGAUUCCAAGCUGGACGAGCUUCUCUCAGCCUUAAUGAAGCACAUGCAGAAGGCGCUGCGUGGCCCUCGCGCUCUCGGCGCGGCGCUGGUCGCCCUGGCGCGGCUCCGCGGUUCGAGGGCCCAGGAGCUGCGGAGCCGCUGCCUUGCUCGCGCCGCCUCCGAGCGCGGUGCCGGGCCCCGCGCCGAGGGCUCAGCGAGGGAUUUGGCCAACUUCGCCUGGGCAGCUGCCACCUUGAGCGAACAAGGCCAGCGCAGCGGGAGAGGAUGCACGAAGACGCUGACACUGCUGACACUGUUCCGGUAUGGCAAUCUGCUCGCCAUCUUACAGAGCAGCCACGAGUACCGAGCCAGUACAGUACCAGGUGCUGCGGUGCUGCAGCAUGUGGCUUCCGAGGCGCUUGCUGGCAGGCGAUCCUUGAAAUCCGGCUUCGAGCCUUUGGACUUGGCUCAACUCUGCUGGUCCCUGGGAAAACUGCAGGAGGCACCCGCACCCCUCUCCGAAGCACUGUUUGCAGCUGCAGCACAGCGUUACGCCGAGUUUGCACCGCAGGGAUGGGCCAAUAUUGCCUGGGCCUGCGCACGCCUCUGCCCUCGAGGGCCCAAAAGUGCCUUGAACUGCGCAGCGAAGAUGAUUGCCGCUGCAGCCGGGGCUCUGCGUUCAGACCCGACGGCCUUCGCUGUGCAGAACAUGUCGAACCUGGCCUGGGCAGCGGGGACGCUGGCCAUUUGCGACAGCCCGUUCUUCUCCUCGCUGGCCACUGCAUGCCGCUUUGCAGAGCUGGGAGCGCAGCACGUCGCGAAUAUUGCAUGGUCCUUCGGCACAGUGGCGCAUCAGAAUGACCAGUUCAUACAGUGGCUGAGUCAGCGGGCUGUUGAUAUCGGCCUGGCCACGUUUCAGCCUGAAGAAUUUGCAGGCUUCCUUUCUGCACUGGGCAUGCUGAGCGCAGCGCCGCCCAUGCUGGAUGCUGCUUUGCAAGAGGUGCAGCGCCGUGUGGGGCCCGGGCAGCUGGGAGCCACGGAGCUCAGCGGAGUGAUCUGGGCGCUUGCAGCUCUUGGACAGGACUCGGAAGCCUUCGCCGCUGCGGCUCGUGCGGCAGAAGAUCGCGCAGCAGAGCUGUCGCCACAAGGAGUGGCGAAUGUCUUCUGGGCAUUCGCAACCCUGGAGGUACCGUGGGAGCUUGGCACGUCUUUCCCGCGCCUGUCUGGUGCCGCGCAUGCCUGCAGCCCGGAGCUCGUGCCGCAGGGCUUGGUGAACCUGGCCUGGGCGUUGACGGUGCUCAUGGCCGCAGAGGCUGGCAGCGGGAGUCUGGAGGCAUCUACACUCCAGGCUGUACUCUCCCGCGCGUCCAACCUUGUUGGUUCGCUGAAGACUCUGGAGCUUGCUGCUCUUUCCUGGGUGGCUGCGCGCUGCCGGGCCGAUCAUGUCUCCGCACAGGCCCGGAACCUCGAGGCGCCUUUGUCCACGGAGGUCUUGCAGCGGCUUGCAGGGGCGGAGGCCUUCGAGGCGAGACAGCUGUCGAACUUGGCCUGGGCCUUCGCGACCAUGGCUUCACGUGCCACGGUAGUCGAAGCCUUGGGCCGCGCGGCCCUGCCCAGGUUGGAAGGCUUCUCCUCGCAAGGCCUCUCCAACAUGGCCUGGGCAUUGGGCUGCACUACGGUCUUCGCAACAGGCAUUGGCGAGCGCCUCUUGCGCGGCCUGGCCGCUGCCUCGGCUCAUCACGGCUUCUCACCGCAAGGCCUGGCCUUGCUCGCUUGGGCCUUCGCGCCCGAUAGCCGCAUGCGGAUGGAUCCGAUCCCAUUAUCGCCGGCAACAGCGAAGCUCCACCUCCUUGCGACCAUUCAGCAAGAGGUGCAGGUUGGUUUGCGGCGGGGAUCACAUCCCCGAACCGCUUGUGAUGGAUAG